UCAUGUUUAAUACGAAAUCAAGCAUGCUUGCUAGCUCUCUUCUUCUUGACAAUUAAAACACCCCUCUCGUCUGUAUCUCUUUCUGUCUAUAUCCAAAUUAUCUCUAUUAAUUUUCCUUUCUUUCUUCUUAAACUCAAGCUUUUCGAUGCUAUGGAGAAUGAUCCUAAUUCUUCCAACUCCAAAAAAUACCAAAUAACAUGGAACGCCAAUGAAGGCAUAAGCCAAGUUAAGUGUUAUAGAUGUAGUUUUUGUAAAAGAGGCUUUUCCAAUGCACAAGCUCUAGGUGGACAUAUGAAUAUCCAUAGAAAAGAUAGAGCCAAGCUCAGAGAAAUCUCGAUCGAGACAUCAGAUAUCAAGAAGUCUAUCAGUCCUUCUCCUGAUAUUCCGGCACCAUCCAGUACUGAUGAAUUAUUGCAACAAGAAGUAUCUAGCGAUGAAACGAGCAGCCCCUCCAAAAGGCCAUGCAUUACACUUGAAGAACAACAUCAACAUCACCAUCCUAAUCCUAUUUCCCAAGAGAAAGAUGAAAAUCAUGAAUUGAUCAUUGGAGGUGAUCUUUUACAAUUACCUUUAUUUGUGGACACUCCAUCAAAAGAAGUAAUCAAUCUUAUAGAAACACAAGAAGGGAACAAGGAUAUGCAAUUGAGUGUUGAUUCAAAAUUGGACCUUGAGCUUCGAUUAGGACCGGAAUCUUCCGAAUCCUCAGAAAAACCACAGUAAUUGGUCUUAAUAAAUUGAUCAAAAUAUACACACUCACAAUCCAUCCAACUAGGAGGUAUAAUUCUAUUUAUUUUUCUUGUGAUAAUAAUGUUUUUUCAUUUUUUGGGGUAAAUGUAAUAAUAUUUAUAGCAACAACGGAUAGAUCUUUAUACAAAUAGUUAAAUUA